UGCCCGAGCCAUGGCCACACUUAUUCCCAAGUCCCUGAACAGCCUACCCGGGGAAGUACAGACUAUGCAUUUGAGAUGGCCGUUUCGAACAUCCGAUAUGGAGAAGGAGUUACAAAAGAGAUUGGCAUGGACCUGCAGAAUCUUGGUGCUAGAAGAGUGUGUUUGAUGACAGAUAAAAACCUCUCCCAACUCCCUCCUGUAAAUGCAGUAUUGAAUUCCUUGGCAAAAUAUGGUAUAAACUUCCAGAUGUAUGAUAAUGUCCGGGUGGAACCAACAGACCACAGUUUCCUGGACGCCAUUAAAUUCGCUAAAAAGGGAGAGUUUGAUGCAUAUGUUGCUGUUGGAGGUGGGUCUGUGAUAGACACCUGUAAAGCUGCCAACCUGUAUGCAUCCAGUCCUACAUCAGACUUCUUGGAUUAUGUUAAUGCUCCUAUUGGGAAAGGGAAGCCUGUCACUGUGCCCCUCAAGCCGCUUAUUGCAGUUCCUACAACAGCUGGAACUGGAAGUGAAACCACUGGUGUUGCCAUUUUUGACUUCAAAGAACUAAAAGUAAAAACUGGUAUUGCUUCAAGAGCCAUUAAGCCAACAUUAGGUAUCAUUGAUCCUUUACACACACUGUCUAUGCCUGAACGAAUUGUGGCCAACAGUGGCUUUGAUGUGCUUUGCCAUGCUUUAGAGUCAAAUCCGUACAACAUGCGCAGUCCCUGCCCUUCAAAUCCAAUCAACCGACCAGCUUACCAGGGCAGCAACCCCAUCAGUGAUGUCUGGGCUCUUCAUGCUCUGCGCAUUGUGGCUAAAUAUUUGAAAAGAGCCAUCAGAAACCCCGAAGACCGUGAAGCAAGAGCCAACAUGCACCUAGCAAGUGCUUUUGCUGGUAUUGGCUUUGGCAAUGCUGGCGUUCAUCUCUGCCAUGGAAUGUCUUACCCUAUUUCUGGUUUGGUGAAAACUUAUAAACCAAAGGAUUAUAAUGUGGAUCACUCUUUAGUGCCACAUGGCCUUUCUGUGGUGUUGACAUCCCCAGCAGUGUUUGCUUUCACGGCACAGAUACAUCCUGAGCGACACUUGGAAGCUGCAGAGAUACUAGGAGCUGACAUCCGCACUGCCAGAAUCAAAGAUGCGGGGUUUAUUUUGGCAGACACUCUCCGGAAAUUCCUAUUUGAUCUGAAUGUUGAUGAUGGCUUAGCUGCACUUGGUUAUUCUAAAGCAGACAUCCCUGCAUUAGUCAAAGGCACUCUGCCCCAGGAGAGAGUGACUAAACUAUCACCACGCCCCCAAACGGAAGACGAUUUAUCGGCCCUCUUCGAGGCUUCCAUGAAGCUUUAUUAGCUUAAACAUUUUGUUCCAAAAAGUGUGCUCUAGUCUAACACAAAGGUAAUUUCUUAUAGGUAUGGGGCUGAAUUUGUUUAGAAAAUGGAAGAACUUGUGUAUCUUUGACUUCUGUUCCAUUGUACAUUGCCAAAAGGUCAAGUAAUUCAUCUUUAACUAAAUAGCACUGUGAAGUGAAGGCUUGGCUGUGUGUGGGUUUUUUUCUUCCUCAGUAGUUAAUGAUAUUAUCUUGCAUAAAAGUUGGAGCAGACGGCUCACUUUACUGAAGACUUUCAGUGAUGGUGAAAAAAUAUUUUAAGGUAUAUUCCAAAAUAAUUUACAAAUUAUGUUUUUUAAUU